UCGUGUUUCGGUAUUCGUCGAUCACGCGGAAGGCUUACCGCUACUUAACACAGUAAUUAAUUCAGAAAAAGUAUUUCCUUGUCGACCGGUAGCCGUUCGACAUCACCUGCAUCUGCACAUCGUCAUCUGGUCUGGACUUUGUUCUGAAUAAAGUGACACUACACAAGUGAUAAAUUGCUGUAUAAUAUUUCCAUUGGCACUGAAUCCAGCCAUCCGUCAUCCGGUACUUUUCGCAUCGCGAUACUUGAGUGUACUCAAAUUACUUCCCAAAUUGACGCUGACUUGUAUUUAUCGCAACCUCUUAUUCUUUUUCUUACUACUUACAGCAGCAUGUUACGUGCACAAUAUUAUACUCAAUAGACGUUUAUACGGAUUUGAGCUUCUGGGACUUUUCGAGCACGUUACUAGUGUGGGCGAGACCUAUGUACGUAUGCGCCCAUCAGUGCCACCUCAUGUGGAUACAUGCCUGACAAAACUUGGAUGUGAAUCCGUCUAUGCACACAGACUAUACAGACAAGUUUCUUUGCUUGUGAAAGUACGCCAGGGGCCCAUUGAAAAAAAACGCGUUCAAAUCAACGUAUCUAACUCUUCCAACAGUUAACGCAGUUCGCGCGCAUACGUUCGUAAGAUAAAUUCUCUUUUCGUAGCCUCCAGCGUAUCAAUUUUCGCGUACCAUCAGCCGUUCGUCAAAUCAUGGACCCAAGUGUCUGUUCAACGGGGAACAGAGUGCGAAGGUGUGAUUCUUCGAGUCGUUCGAGGCGUAACUUGAACGGUGCAAAAAAUUUCUGAGCAAACAAUACAACCGUAAAGGAAGAAAAGGUUCCCAACUAUUAGAACGGUCACCAAAGUCAAUAACUAUAGCCAAGUUCUACAAGGAACUGCGAUUCGAGGUAGAGUGUCGAUGUGCGCCGCAAUGUGGAUGUCCGUCGGUGUGUUCCACAGGUUCGGUAAAGCGUGGGUGUGCCAUGUGUCGGAGAGCCCGACAGACGGAGGCUAGAGGCUACGGGAGUAUCGUAAGCCGGGCAGUCGGUUAGUUCUGUCAUGUCUGAUCAGUGGUGAAGACCUGCCAGAGAAGGAGGAAGAGACGCGGUGGUUCAGAGGCUCAACCGAAAAUGGCCGGCAACCCUUGAAGAUGUCGGGGGUGAAAAAGUGCGCGUAUCGAUACUCGUUCGGACUUUUUCGCAGUUCUACAUACGCGUUAUAUUACCGUUCAACAAAUUGAACAGUGACUGUUGAAUUCUGACGCGUUUCAGCGUUAACUUGACGCGCUGUUCUCGUCGAAUAUCGGGGGGAUUUUUCGAGCCUCUGAUUUGCCGAGUACCCUGUUCGUCAGUGAUAUCGACGCUGUGUUGUGAAACAAAUAAUUCACGGACUGUGACGCUUCGCAAAAGAUAAAAUAUUAUAGUUGCGACACAUGUACGUGUAGUUGGAUAAGAUUUAUCACAUUUUAGUACAAAUCCGAGGCUGAUCACCAGACUCUUUUUCAUCCGGCCGUCAUUUCGUUCACUCUUUUACUCCGAUCCAGACGCCUGUCUUUUUUUUCCAGUACUUCACUCCGGAGCAGACGAUUUACGUUCCAGUUUUUCAGCUGUACGCUUAGCGGGAUUUUCCUGCCUGUACUCUGACGCCCGCGGUUCGAGAAGCGGAGGACGGCUCUGUUCGUGUCCCGAUGGCGCCGUAUCGGACGAACUUGAUCGAGGUGUCGAACGUGUUGGUGUUCCUGACACUUUUAGCGGUGGAAACAUCGCCGGUAAAAGUGGACGAGUCGAGGCCUCCGAGGAGAUGCUGCGACCCCGGAAGCUUGGUGACCUUUGACGGAGAAUCGUACGCGUGCAAAACGCCACCUCCCGAUGCUCCAGAGUUCUUUGAACCGCUCAACUUCGGGCAAAAAAAUCUGGGCAUUCCCGCCUGCGAGAAUGGCGCCAAUCUCACGAGCAUUCCACUUGCGGAUGCAAAUUCAACCCAUUUGCUGAGCGACUUUUGCAUCGACGUUAUUCUCAACUCGGAAGACGGCAUCGAAACGCGACCGAACGAUUCUCCGGAUCUUUUGUACUGUACCCGGAACUUGGACACGAAUUUGACCGAUGGAUCCUUGGACGAACCUCGCCACCUUCCGACUGUCUCAAAAAUCAGGAGAUGCUGCGUCCGUGGCGAGAUUUUUAGAAUCGAUCGGCGCGCCUGCGUGCCGUUGGAAGAUUCGGAUCGGGAUAUUUCUACGGGAUCUUUGGUCCGCAGUAUCGGGUUUGCCCAUUUUCUCUAUGUCAAAAGAGGCCCACCGAUGUGCCAGCACGCUAUUGUCGAUCAAGAAGUCAAUCAGACCGACGUUUCGAUCGUGAAUGGAAGGAUCCAGGUGACGGCGACGAAUUCCAACGGCGUUGUCGAUCUGCUUGCAACCGAUGAAAGCGCCUGUCUCGAAUCGGGCAGUUCGCCCGGUCUUCUGGUAGUCAGAGUCUGUCGAGGCGUCGAAUACUGUCGCGGUAAUACCUGCUUGAGAAAAUGUUGCCGGGAAGACGAGGCGCUGGUCGAAACCUCUUGUAAAAAAUUACCGGCCGAAUUGACGACGCCGAAGCUGCACGAGGAGGUCCGGAAUUUGCCGAACCCGGCGGAGAACUCGACGGAACAGGUUUUUAACUCUACCGAGUACGGACUUCUCGUCGGUAAGCCGUGCUCGUACGGAAUGUACGCGGUACUCAAAGACGAGAAAUGGCAUCUCGUACCGGAAGGAAAACUACACGUUCCCGGUUACCAAACUUACGGGCAUCACCAACACUGCAUGGACAUGUUCUACAACAGCAGCCUCGGACCGGACGGCCUUUAUCCAUUUGUGUGCUUCGAGGAUCCCCCCCUGGAAGAAAAUUACUCCGAGGAGAGGUUUCACGUGAACGCAGUGCUGCAGAUGAUCGGCUGUACUUUUCUUCUGGUCACAUUGCUGGUUUACGUAUGUCUACCGACUCUGCAAAACCUCCAUGGAAAAACCCUCAUGUGUCACGUGGGGAGCCUUUUCGUGGCAAUGGCUUGUCUCGCCAUCGUUGGCGUCGUAAUACCGAACGAGUCUCAAACGCAACGGGAGGAUGAAAUCGACUUGGAAAACGUCUGCACAUUUCUGGGGUACACAAUGCUAUUCUCAUUCCUAUCCGCCUUCUUCUGGCUGAACGUCAUGUGCUUUGACAUAUGGUGGACUUUCGGAUCUCUGAGGCAUUCGGGAAGGACGAACACCAAGAGGCAGGAGGACCAUAAACGGUUCAUGUUCUAUUGCCUCUAUGCGUGGGGCUUUGCGGUAAUAUUUGUCAUCGUCGCUAUCGCCGCUGAUUACACAGAAUUUUUACCUGCUCAACUGCGCCCCGGAAUGGGGGUUCAGCGAUGCUGGUUCUCAAGCGGCUACAGCUUCCAUGGUGAGAUAUUAUUUUUCACCGGUCCGGUCUCGAUCCAGCUUAUCGUUAACGUCGUCCUGUUCAUUCUUACGGCCAGGAGGUGUAGCAUGGUCAAAGCCGACAUCCAGCGACGAGUUAAAAUGAACACGUCAGAUUCCAGGAGCCGCAGGUUUCACGCUGACAAAAAUAAAUUGAUCCUGAAUGUUAAGCUCUUCGUCGUAAUGGGGAUAUCCUGGAUUCUCGAGGUGAUAUCCUACUUCCUCAACCACUAUCUGACGAACGUCAGUUGGAAAACGGAGUUCUUCUGUGUAUCGGACGUCUUCAAUUGCCUCCAGGGUCUUAUGAUAUUCGUGCUCUUCGUACUGAAGAAGAAGGUCCUUCACGCGUUGCGACGGAAGUUCGCAAAGGGUGUCGAAAGCCGUCAAUGCAGCACCGCCGGUGUUCACGAUCCGUACAGAGUCAGGAAGAGCCCCAGCACCAGCACGAUACUCUCCACGUUUGCUGUCAGCUCUUCGCCUUGAUUGCAGGGAGAAAAUGAAAUGAAACAAGAGCGUUUCCUUUUACGCGGAUCGCGGUAGUCAAUUUGCCAGAUUGCGGGCAAAGGUUCAGGGAACAGGAAAUUUAUUAUUUCAAGGGAUCUCACCCGCUGUGGCAAGAAAGCCAAAGAAAAGGUCAAACCUGAUUUGAACAGUCGAUUUAUCGAUUCCGGGGAAUUCUGAAUGUCAGAGUAUUCCAGGAGCCAGAUAUUUUUGCGUUUCUACUCAACGAAACGAUAAUGAUUAUUCAAUUUUCUCUCAGUCUUUACACUCGGCAAAUAUUAGAACUUUGGUUGACUCGAAGAAUUGCAGAAUAUUUGAUAUUCGGUGGUUUGAUUUAAAUUUGAGCCAAAGAAACUUACUCGGUUCAACUACUUAGUAUACAUAUACGUUUAAUAUAGUUGAAUUUACAUCCAGCUCGUUUCUAAACAUUUGUAAAUAAUUUAAAAUAGAUGUAAUGUUAAUUUUUUUAUAAUACUUAUACCAUACGUAUAACGUCGUGCGUGAAAUUGCAGUGAUUUGUGGACGUCGGGAAGCUUCGGGAAAUAUAUCUGCUUGAAAGAAAAGAAAAGAGAGGGGAAAGAAAAUUGAAAAUUAUGUCAACAGUCACACGAUGCUAACAGUAAUUUAAAGAUUAUGAAUCAUAAUUUUAUUACACAUACGUAUAUAUAAUUACAUAUACACAAUACAUAUACGCUUACAUUCUCAAUAAAUGUUACCAUUCGUAUUUUUUUUUUAUUCGUGAA